CAGCGACAGCGCAAACACGCGAUGGGCAACAGCGACUCCAAGAGCAAGUUCCGCGAGUCCGUGUAUAAGCUGAGCAAUGAAGAGGUCGCUAGUCGACACCUUGAGUUCUGGGAUAAGCUAUGGAAGAUCCCCACGACGGCUGAAGAGAUCUUCACGCUGAUCCAGCCUGACGAUAUACGCAUGUUGCGACAAAACCAGCAAGGCAACCUCAGCACGAUGCUAACCCAAGCCAUUUCACAACUCCACCAAAUCGUCGAAACACCUCUACCAAAGUACUAUCCCCAGGCUGUCAACUGCAUCCGUGUCCUGACGCGCGUCAUGCCGUUCAUCCUCGAGGACCGAUCCGAUGAGUUCGUCCAGCAGCUUCUUUGGGGUCCCCCACCCACCGUCUAUGCCGCUGAAGCAUCGUCAGAAGUCGACGUCCCCACCUCACAGCUCAGCUUGGCACAGAAACUUGUCGACGCGAUGCUUGGCCUCCUGUUCCUUCCCGACUUCACUGUGUCUGCGGGAGCCUACAAAGCCUUCCGCGAACAGCUCUCGACCGCACCGUCGUCGUCGGCGAAUGUAGUGUACCCGCCAUUGUUGUGGUACAAUGGCGUGGGGUAUCCCGACGCGUCGGCCGUCGCAUCCGUCCAGUUUGACAAGAACCGCAAAGAAGUGCUCAAGCUUCUACUUACUUGCUUUUCCAGCAUUUUAUACCACACCGCCGACUCGUGCGACGCGUACGUGGACCCUUUUCUUGCAUACGCGACGCGAAAAGAGUCACGGCAUGCCCCGACACUGUUCUAUUCCCUCGUGAACGUUACGCUCUUGUACGACCCCGUCGGGUGGGGCGUUCCGUAUGCUGGUUCGAUCGUUGCCGACGAACGCGAGACUCUCGUUGACGUUUCUAUUCAAGUGCUGCUCGUCCUGCUGGACUUCGGCGCACCCGCAAGAAACGUCGCGCCUGAAGGUGACUCGUUUGCCGCUUUUGACUCCAAUAAUCAAUACCGCGCGCUCUUGUCCUCGAUCCAGCGCGAGGAGGACUUUGAGCUGCUCUUCAAUGGACUGGCCAAGUUGCUGAACAAUUACCACCAGGCCAUGAACACGCUGCUACCCAACUCGAUCAAGCAAAUCAAAUGCCAUCAGGAAUUGCUCGUGCUCUUGUGGAAGUUGCUCGAUGAAAACAAGGCGUUUCUUCAGUUCACAUUGAAACGCGCCGACAUGAACCGAAUCGUCGUCCCGUUGCUUUUUCUCAUGUACGAAGGACGCAAGGAGCCGUCCAAGGUCGGGAUGAUUCACAUUUGCACGUUCAUCUUGCUUCUCCUGAGUGGCGAGCGCGACUUUGCUGUCAACUUGAACAAACCGUUCGACUUGAAGCUGCCGCUGGACCUGCCACCUUUCAACGGCAACCACGCGGACCUGUUAAUUGUAUGUCUGCAUAAAGUGAUUGUGAACGGCUACGAGAAGCUCAACUCGGUCUACAACUGCUUUCUCACCAUCGUGAGCAACAUCUCGCCGUAUAUCAAGAAGCUCAACAUGGUGUCGAGCGUGCGGCUCUUGCGUCUGUUCAAGUUGUUUUCGCAGCCUCGUUAUUUGUUCGACAACGAUGCGAACCACCAUCUCGUCUUCUUCUUGCUCGAUACAUUCAACAACUUGAUCCAGUACCAGUACGAAGGCAACGAGCAACUCGUGUACGCGAUGGUUCAAAACAAAGACUUGUUCCUGAAAUUGAGCGUGCUGUCAAUGCCGAUUUCCUCGACGGCCGUGUCGGUCACCCCCAAAGCAAUCCCGUCCAAGGACAGCGUUGAUGAUGUCGACGUUGUGCCGUCCGUGGCGGCUCUUACUGCGCUGACGGAUGCCCCGAUUGACCAAGACGAAGCGCCGCCCGCCCCCGUUCAAGCUAAGUUCACCCCAACGGAAGAAUGGCUCCAGGGAUGGAAGAAGAAACUCCCGAUCAACACGUCGUUGCGGCUGUUGCAGUAUCUUGUUCCUCAACUUGAACAGGCUUGCGAGCAGGCGUCCAGCGGGAGCUUGGACGAAGCUGCGAUGCUCGGGUUCCUCCGUGGCACGACGAUGGUCGGGCUGCUGCCAGUUCCCCAUGCGAUUGUCAUUCGAAAGUACCAGACGAACCAGUUCACCAACCUGUGGUUUACUACGUUCACGUGGGGCGUCAUCUUCCUUCGCAACCAAGUGUUUCCGCUCUUCGACGGCGCGUCCAUAACGCUUUUCACGAUCAACGUGCUCUAACGACGUGAUAGUUUGCCCACCUACAGCACAUCCGCCAUGUGAAAAGACUGGGACAUCAUGUUUGUAUAUUUUGGACAUGGUAUUUAAACGAAUCGUUGGACUCGAAUGCAAAGCUUGCCGGGCGGCAGUUCAUCAGUGCAGUACUCCCAGUGAAGGGGUGUCUCCUCAACGAAAUUCAGAGCAGAUCUUGGUUUUUGC